AUGAGUCUCAAAAUAGCAGUUCUCGAUGACUACCAGGGUAUAGCAGAGGAAUACUUUGGAGCGCUGGGCGGCGAAUUUGAAAUCAGCGUUCAAGACGAGUUAGUGCAGCGGCUGGAGCCAUUUCAAAUCAUCGAUAUACAUGCCCCAAGUGGUGUUAUUGGCCAGGAUCAACUCGGGGAUAACACGGUAGAUUCUGACUUAUCUCAAACUACCUACAUAGUCACUACUCGAGAACGGACCCCAUUCCCCGCGGAACUAGUCAGGCGCCUGCCGAAGCUGAAGCUUCUCCUCACAAACAGCGCGCGCAAUCUAGCGUUGGACCUUGAUGCCUUGCAGGAGAGGGGCGUCGUCGUGGCCACGGUGCUGGGCCUGCCGCCCGUCGGCUACACGCCCGUCGUCGACUCGACGCCGGAGCACAUUCUGACCCUGAUCAUGGCGCUGUCCAAGAACAUCGCCGCAGACGACGCGUCGGUGAAAACCGGCGGCUGGCAGACGGGGUGCAGCACAAGCCUCUCUGGCAAGACGCUGGGAUUGGUCGGCCUUGGCCGUCUGGGAGUGGUCACAGCCAAGAUGCUUCAUGCCGCUCUAGGCAUGCAGGUCAUUGCGUGGAGCCCCAAUCUGACUCAGGACAAGGCAGAUGAGCAGGCCCGAGCGGCCGGGCUCGCGGCCACGCAGCCUGACGGGCGUCCGACAUUUGCGAGCGUCUCGCGCGAGGACCUGUUCAGCAAGUCGGAUGUAGUCAGCCUGCAUCUGGUCUUGUCAGACCGCUCCCGGGGCCUCAUCACGGCCGCCGAUCUGCACAAGAUGAAGCCCGAGUCCUUCUUCGUCAACACCUCGCGCGGCCCGCUCGUCGUGGAGAGGGACCUGCUCGACACGCUCCAACAGGGAAGAAUUCGCGGCGCCGCCCUCGACGUGUUCGCCAUCGAGCCCUUGCCCGCGGAGAGCGAGUGGAGGACAACGGCCUGGGGUAAGGAUGGGCGCAGCCAGGUGCUCUUGACGCCGCACACGGGAUUCGUAGAUCACGCCACGAUUCACGGCUGGUACAAGCAGCAAGCGGAAGAGGUUGUGCGCUGGAAGAAUGGUCAAGAGCUGGGCAAGCGCCUCGUGUGA